CAGGCUCAUCACAACAGAGACAGGUCAUUUCUUGUUCGCCAUGUCUGGCCGUGGUAAGGGAGGCAAAGGCUUGGGAAAAGGUGGCGCCAAGCGCCAUCGUAAGGUGCUCCGCGAUAACAUCCAGGGCAUCACCAAGCCCGCCAUUCGGCGCCUGGCUCGGCGAGGCGGUGUCAAGCGUAUCUCUGGCCUUAUCUACGAGGAGACUCGCGGGGUCCUUAAGGUGUUCCUGGAGAACGUGAUCCGCGACGCAGUCACUUACACUGAGCACGCCAAGCGCAAGACGGUCACGGCUAUGGACGUGGUCUACGCGCUCAAACGCCAGGGGCGCACCCUCUAUGGAUUCGGGGGCUAAUGUCCCAGCCCGGGUUUCACAUCUCCAACGCUUACCCAAAGGCCCUUUUCAGGGCCACCCACGAUUUCAUACAAAGGGCUGUGCGUGGUAGUUAAUUCAGAAGGUAAUCAUUUCUCGCAUUUGUAUGUUGCAUCGUGUUUGUCUUAGUGUUGGCAACUGAAAAAAGCGAGUCCGUUUUGCUUUCGGAUUAAUCUGGUUUAACGUCAGUAGCUGUUUACUAAGAUGGCGGCUAUCAGCUAAAUCAAAAGGACAAAGCAAUCAAAUUUUAGGUGACGUAAGCGGACGAUAGAUUAGUGCUAACGCCAAUUGGAGGAAAACUCCUUUAGAAGAUAGCUGUUUCCCGAGUUCCUUGUGCUACCGAUUUCACUUUCCUAAGGAACGUUUAAUUUACUCCCUGCCCACUCCACAAUAUACUCAGAGGCAGCUACCCGGUGUCCUGUGGAUGGUAAUACGGAGCUUUAAACCCAGCCUACCUCCUGCAGGAAAGCCAUAGCUAUAAUUUACACUGCAUUGUUGGUAGCUGUGAAUGGAUGGAUAAUAGCUAGUAAAUUUAAAAAGGGUAGAAAAGGCAUUUUAAGGUUCUGUCUAAAUCCUCCAAGGGCAUCUUCCUGACAGGGCUCUGCCUGCAUUCUUUCCCACAGUGCCAUCAUUCCACCCCAUUGUAAUCAGAGACCUGAAUGACGCAAAUUUCAUGAUCCCGUCUACGCAAAAAUAAAGUAAAAUAAGAUAAAACCAAGAAUGACUUCACUGAUUCUCCUAUCACCUGCAGAAUGAAAUCCCAAUUUCUUUGCUUCACCUAACACCUGCCGACCUCCACAAUUCAUCUCCAAGCCCCUUAACCCAAAAAUCAUUUUUACAGUUGAAUAUAUUAAACAAUUCAUCAUGCCUUUAACACUCUGUCAACAGUAAUCCUUUACAUAUGAAUGCGGGUGGUGCAGUGGUUAAGUGCUCAUCUGCUAACCGAAAGGUCAGCAGUUCAAAUCCAGCAGCUCUGCAGGAAACGCGUCAGUCUGCUUCCUUCAGGAUUUACAGCCUUGGGAACCCUAUGGGGCAGUUCUCCGUCCUACAAGGUCACUAGGAUAGGAGUUGGAAUCAACUGUACUGCAAUGGGUUUCAUCGUUUACAUACUUUGUUCUUUCUUCCACAAGUAACCUUCAACUCCUUCACCUCCCUCAAGGGUUUCCCUCAAGAGAACUUUACUCAAAUGUCCGAGGCAAAGUCAGUAAGUAGUUAGUAUUUGCUGACCCUACACACAAAUCAACCCUCCACACAUGCACAUAGCCCAUCUUCAGUUUCCUAUAUGACUUCAGAGGUAGGGCACACUUAAACAAUUGUUUGUGAUGUGUAAUGCAUGUUUUUAUGUCAGAGUAUAAACUUUUUGAGAGUUAGAACAAAUACACAUUUUAGUAUCCUCAGGACGUACAAAAAUUACAUAGCCCAUAUUACUCACUCAAUAACAAUUUGUGUAAUGUCAGAAUGAAUCAGUGAAUUGAACAAGAUAUCUGGCCUGUUCAUAUACUUUUAUGCAACUGACUCCCCUCUAACUGUGUCUCUGGCCCAGAAGAACUAUGGCAUGCAAAGAAAGAACCUUCCUGUGGAACUUAGAGGGAAAAUUGUUUGCAAGGCACUGGCCUAUUGGUUUCCUUCAUGUAUUUUGAGAAAUUUCCAGGUUAUGAGCUCAGCCUUACCUAGACUUCAGAACUCCAUUUCUUAGUCUCCUUUGAAGCUAGAAUGCAGAUAGGUGGCCUAGGCUUCACCAAUCAUUCACACCUCUAAGAGACUUCUCUUCAAAGCAGAAAACAGGAGAGCAGAGACUCUGCUUGGAGCUUCCACUUUUGCAAUGAUAGGGAAUGUCAGAAGCUUCUCAACUUCAGUAAUGGCAAAGGUCUAACUUUCCCAGUCGGUCAAGUUCUGGCUCAACAGUUGCCAUUGUGACACAGCAGCACCAGGCCAGUUCUGUAACAAGGUUUUGAAUUUUUUUCCCUAAAACUGUCUAAAUUUCUCCCACUUAACAAUGUAGCAUAGCAGUUAAGAGCAAAACUAUUAGCUUUGGAUAAACAAAAAUUUUAAAUUCAUACUAACAGCCUUGUUGGACACACCUUCAAUGUAUAAACAAAUGGAUGGUUAUAAACAGACUAAAAUUUAAUAGAAAGAACACAGCCUUCUCUCAGAAAACCUGACCUGUAGUCCUAAACAGCUAGGGGACCUUAGAUGAGUCACUUAGUCUUAAUAUGUGGUUUCUGUAAAAGUCUAUGAAUUUUUUAGCUUUUUGAGUCUACCAUUCUAGAUAUAAUGUUCAUUUUACUUUUAAUACAUUAGCUUUCUUAUUUUCACAAUAUUACUUGGAAUAUGGGUUAAAAAUGAAUUUAUUUCCCAAGAGCCUGAACAAAACAAAGAGACUCUGAGGCUGCAAAGUCUACGAACUCAUUGUGGGUCUGAUAGAGCCACCAUGAGGGGCAGACAGCUAGUGAGGGUCUGCCUGGAAUAAAAUUUUAGCCUCUUUCCUUGCCAUAUCCUCUGUAUGUCAGUUUGUGAAUUGCCUGGAAUUUUACCCUACUUAGUAAAAUUAGCCUGUUACGCUUUCACAGAUACUGGCAGAAGACAAGAUUGCAAGGAGACAAGGGACUUUAGUAGUCAACCACAAAGCAGCAAGGAACAUGUUUGCAUUGGUUCCUCUUUCCCCCCAUGUCCCACAGAGGUGGCAUGGAGGAGCCCAGGUAGGUGUUGCACACCUAGUGGGUUUGCAUCACAGUUAUGGAACAGCAAACUUGGGGGACUUACUGCUUAAACUGACUGUGGUAAGCAAACCUACUCUUUGGAGGAAGAUGUUACCUUAUCCCUUAAGGCUGCUCACUGCAAAUACAAUUCUGAUAAAUGACCCAGGUAAAGAGCUGUCAGGGCCUUGCAUUUUCAACAUACACAGUAAGAACAUGCCGGAACCCUGAGGGGCCCAUAGCAGACUGCCUCUCCCAACACUGUUCAAAGGCCACACAUAAGAUGAUGAUUUUCCCCACAGGAGAACUGUGAAUACGCCUUACCACUCUGCCUUGGGCAAAGGGGAAGUGGGCAGCCUGGCACCAAACACUUGGAAUGCUCUUGAGUAUUCAGUACAGGCACUGGAAAGGUAAAGAAGAAAACAUAGGCCUAACUUCCAGUAAUUGAUAACUUGGUCGAGCCAAGUUCAACACAAACAAUUGGAAAAUAAUACAAGAAAGAAGUAGUCAAGUAGGAACACAAACGGUGCAAAAUUUCAUUGUGAGAGCCAUUUACCAGAGAGAGGACUAUGAGAAUUUGAGUCAGAAAGUCAUAUGACAGCUGGGCCUAGAAGGAGUAGCAGAUAUUUAGCCAAGUUAAAACCAGGGAAGAGUGAGUAUAAAUAAAGGAGAAAGGUGUAAAAGGGAUUAAACUCUUUAUUGAACAGUAUUCACAGUUCUACUCUGAAACACACGGGGUCUCUAUAAAUCAGAAUUGACUCAGUGGCAGCUAUUAUUAUUAUUAAGUUCUGUGAGAGAUACUAAGCAUGCAUCAUAAAUUAACAAGUAGCUUGUAAGACAAGUUAGACACAAAGAAUGGGGGUGAACAGAUUUGUGGUGAACAUAGAGAGGAGGGGAUGGAAAAAACUAGCUUAAAAAAAAACAUUUUCCCAGUGACAUCAAUUCCUAGUCAUGGAGACCCUAUGUGAGUCAGAGUAGAACUAUAUCCCGUAGGGUUUUCAAUGCCUUUUCUUCACAAGUAGAUCACCACACCUUUUUCCUAGGCACCUCUGGGUGGGUUCAAACUGCCAACCUUUUGGUUAAUGGUCAAGCGCUUAACUGUUUGUGCCACCCAGAGAAUACAGAAGAACCAAAAAACCAAAACCACACCAAGUGCCGUCGAGUCGAUUCAGAUUCAUAGCUCCCCAUAGGACAGAGUAGAGCUGCCCCAUAGAGUUUCCAAGAAGCGCCUGGUGGAUUCGAACUGCCAAACCUUUGGUUAGCAGCUGUAGCACUUAACCACUAGGCCACCAGGGUUUCUGAAGAGCCAAAUAGACCCCAAAUAUUCAUGACCUGUAUGAAGUAACUAGUAUUCAUAACUAAAAAACCAAUUCUGAUUCCAACUCAUAGGGACCCUCUUGGACAGAGUUGAACUGCCCCAUAUGGUUUCCAAGGACUGGCUGGUGGAUCGAACUGCUGACCUUUUGGUUAGCAGAUCUUGCUCUUAACCACUGUACCACCAGAGCUCCUAGUACUCACAAAAAAAAAAAAAAAAAAUCAUAAGGCAUCUAAAAUUUAUGAUGUCUUAAAACAGCCACCCACUUCUCUGUGCAUGACAUGCAGAUAAAACCCAUUGGUGAGUUACAACUAUUGACCAGGCAUACAAGCCUUCGUAUCACUUUAAUAGACCAAGUGUAUAUGCUUGACCAGAUAGCCGAACUUUUAUUUAUUUUUUAAAUGCAAGGACUUUUUGAAGAAAGCAAGCCAGGUGUUUCAUAGAAUGUCUCAAAUUCUGGGUUCUGAUUCCCCUCUGUCCCCACCCCCCCACCCCCCCAGUGGUGUUUGGUACGCUGUGCUCUCUAUAAACAGUAGAUUGAGUCAUGAUUAGAUUCCAGUUAUACCUGUCAGAAGUGAGGUUCUGUGUUCAAAAUCAUCACACAGGGAGACUGUCGAUUCACUUUUAGGUCUGCUAAAGUACAUCACUUAACUAACACGGGAGUAGGUCACUUCAUUGUAGAUAUGCUUUUCCCUUUCCAAAUACAUAAAUGUCUGGGGACACUUUGGCACCUUGUAAAUAUACUGGUCCCCAACAGCUUUUCUCCUAAAGAUUUUAGCAUUCAUUAACAAUCCUUACCUGAAUCAAUUGUUCCACUUUCCUGAGUUUUGCAGAAUGAUCUUCUAAUUUUUGACCAUCACUCGACUUUUUGAAAAUGUUUAACACGUGUAAAUAGUGGAGAAAAAAUAGUAAUCAGAACGUAGUAUGCCAAGGCUUAUAGUUAUUAUUCUGUUACCUAAUCGAAUUGGUUAAUGAAAAAGGCUGGGUAUAAUGCUAUAGAGACCCCCACAUCACUGUAAAAUUCACCUUUGGGGGAAUUUUUCUUUUUUUUUUUUGAGCAAUUACAGUACUUUACUCUUGAUAAAGAAAAAAUAGCUGCCUUAUAGGAGCAUCAUAUCUAAGAUUCAUAUUGUCUGAUGCCAGACUGUCAAGACUUCCUACUUUAUCCACACCUGUGGCACUUGAGCCCACUAAAUACAUACCUGUCAAACAUGAGAUUAAGUGCUCCAUGUGACACCUGUUACGAGGAAUAGAGUAAAACACCCAACUAUGUUAAGCGAAGCUUAUACUGAUUUUUCCUCAUGCACCCAAGUAACUCCUCACAUUGCAGUUAUGGAUGAGGCGUUGUAUUCUCUCUGGGCACGUUAAGUGCAAGCUCCUUAAAAGAAAAUGGAGGUGGCCCUGAAAAGGGCCCUUAUAGCGUGGCUACAGAAAUCUAGCAGGUAGGUGCAAGCUUAACCGCCGAAGCCGUAGAGGGUGCGCCCCUGGCGCUUGAGCGCGUAGACCACAUCCAUGGCUGUAACUGUCUUGCGCUUGGCGUGCUCGGUGUAGGUGACAGCGUCACGAAUCACAUUCUCCAGGAAGACCUUAAGCACCCCCCGAGUCUCCUCGUAGAUGAGGCCGGAGAUGCGCUUAACACCGCCUCGGCGAGCCAGGCGACGGAUAGCGGGCUUGGUAAUACCCUGGAUGUUGUCCCGCAAAACCUUGCGAUGGCGCUUGGCGCCGCCUUUCCCCAGGCCUUUACCGCCCUUGCCACGACCAGACAUAGCUAUACAGAACCGAGUAAAAGGGUUGAGUAAGCCAAUCACCCGCUGCAGCUCAUAUAUGUCGAUUGAGCGGACCUUUUUGAAAACUGAAAGGAUGGAAAAGGCGGGAAGCUGUAUUGAGUCCCCGCCCCUGUGCUUCUGCUAAUCACAAACCCGUUGGCAUCUAGCCGAUUCCGACUCAAAAAAAAAAAAAAAAAUCUAGUCGAUUCCGACUCAAACAAGGUAUAAAAUAAAAAUACAGAGAUUUACUGGUAUUUAGAAAACAGGAACCUUUAAACAGAAGUGUCAAACAACAUAUACACAAAGGACAUUAUCUCGUUUCUGUGUGUGUGUGUGUGUGUGUGUGUAUGUAUUUAAAGAUUCGCUCACUCAUUCCAUAUAUAUUCUUGCAUAGUUUGCUAUACCGGAUUCAAAAAAGAAGCCCAAAUCCCAAGAACCAAAGAAAUUAAUAGUUAUAUUGCCAGGCAGCCCAGCGAAGUGAAAGAAGCUAGGCUUUGGGUUUGGAAUCCGUGAGCAGCUACUAUCAGCCUAUGAUAUUGGGCAUGUUUGUUAAUUAUGUGAAUCGCAGUGGCUUUAUCCCUAAACUCGAUAAAUAUUUGUUGAUAAUUGAGUUAUUGUAAGCAAAAUAGCUGACCUCUAGUUGGUAAUUAAAUUUCUAUUGUUGCUUACUCUAUUCUUACCAACAAAAUAUAGGCAGAGCUAAAGCAUAUGAAAUGAUUUGGGGACUUUUCCAAAAUAACACCAGUAACGACUGGACCACCAGGCGCUCCUUGGAAACUCUACGGGGCAGUUCAACUCUGUCCUAUAGGGUCGCUAUGAGUCGGAAUCGACUCGACGGCCCUGGGUUUUUGGGUAUCGACUGGACAGCAAUGGGUUUUUUGGGGGCUUUUUUUUUUUUUUUCUGGUUAAGCGUUAUACAUUUAAUCAAUGAUGGGUUGCAGGGAAAAGGGAUCUAAAUUGCCCUGAGCUCAUUCUCUGUUCCCUUUCUCAUAUGGAGGUUGCUGGGGAGGGGGUUGUCUCCUCCUGUGAAUGCUGCUUAGAACUCAAGCAAAGCUGUCAUAAAAUCUAAUGCUAUGCAAAGGAAUCCUGAGCGAGUUCUAAAAAUAAAG